GCGGUGAGUGACGUAUGGGCGGCCUACGGUUGUCAUGGAGACCGGGCAGGUGCGGUAAGAUGGCGGCGCAGAGUUGGCUGGAGAGACUGAGGGGAGCGAAGAAAACAGCGGUGGUGCAGGACGGUAAGAGGAAAGUACAUUAUUUGUUUCCAGAUGGCAGUGAAAUGGUAGAAGAGCAUGAAGUCUCCAACGACCAACUCAUGGUCAGAAAGUGGAGGCAGAAGAGUCAACUGGGAUCCCGGGGACCGUGGCAGGUCGAGGUGGGGGAAACAUUUCCUGGAGCAGUCGGGAGCCUAGAGCAGCAGCUGAUACAGGAAAGCAGCAGCAAUCCUAUUUUCACAAGGAAAGACACCAAGACGAGCUUCCAGUGGAGGAUCCGAAAUCUGCCGUACCCCAAAAAUGUCUACAGUGCCACGAUUGACCCAGACCAGAGAUGUUGCAUUGUGAGGACAUCCAACAAAAAGUAUUACAAGAAGUUUAACAUUCCGGACAUGGACCGGUGCAGUUUGCCCCUGGAUAGUUCAGCGCUCAGCUUUACACAUGCCAACAACACCCUUAUCAUCACUUAUAAAAAGCCGACAGAAAUCUUGCAGCUGGAACAGGAGGUGCUGCAGGAGCUGAAGAAGGUAAAGGUGGCUGAGGAUGGAGAUGUGGACUGUAAAACACAGUGAAUCUGAACACUCAUCAUCAGAAACACUCUGACCUGUCUAAAUCAACUCCAGUGCAGAAUCCUACUUUGAGGGAUAAGGCAGUGGAAGUAGUAGGGUGGGGUGGUGGUGGAGAGAAGUGGUGUCUUCAUACAAUAAAGGAGCUGAAUACUGUAGAACCAUCUGUGCUGCUAAACAUGAAGCCCCAUGGCCAAGAUCAUCAGAGUGUACAACAUAGUGGGCUCUUAAAUUAAAUAGCAAACUAAAUGGAAUGGUGUUAUUGGCUUUGGAGGGGUAAAGAAGCUCUCAGUCAUGUGUAAAUUGCAAAACAUCAAUAAAAGUUUUUUUUU